CUCUCUUUCUCUCUCUCUCCCCUCUUCCCCUCCUUUCGGAAGAGAUUAAAUGAUGACGUCACUGCGGGUCAGUUUUUUUCUCCUAAAGUUACUAUGGCGGUUCUGAAGUUUUCAAACUUUUCUUGAUUUUCUAAGUGUUUCUUCUGAUGGAGCACCUCCACGGAGCAUGGAAGACCAUCAGCAACGGGCUGGGGAUGAAGGAAUCUGCGCUGGAGAGCCCGUGUGUCUCCCCAACCGCCGGACAGGACUUCCCAUACCAGCGCCGUGCCUCUGAUGACUCCAAAAUCCCUGAUUCAAAGGCCAGCAGCACCAUCCGGGUGUACCUGCCCAACCAGCAGCGCACUGUGGUGAGUGUAAGGAAUGGUAUGACCCUCCGCAGUUGUCUAAUCAAAGCGCUGAAGGUUCGAGGUCUCCAGCCCGAGUGCUGUGCCGUCUACAAACUCCACUCAGGCCAGCGGAGUAAGAAGUCUCGUAUGGACUGGAACACAGACUCCACGUCUCUCAUCGGAGAAGAGCUCCAGGUGGAGGUUCUGGACCACGUUCCUCUGACCACCCACAACUUUGUGAGGAAAACGUUCCUGAAGCUGGCCUACUGCGACAUGUGCCAGAAGUUCCUCCUGAACGGCUUCCGUUGUCAGACAUGUGGAUAUAAAUUCCACGAGCACUGCAGCACCAAAGUUCCCAUCAUGUGUGUGGACUGGAGUAACAUCAGGCAACUUUUGUUAUUUCUGACUCCUGGUGAAAGUGGAGCUCCGUCUCUGCCUCCGAUUACAUCAAGGAGAAUGAGAGAGUCUAUGAGUCGAAUGUCCAGCAGCUCAGCACACAGAUACUCAUCUCCUCAAGCGAUUAACGACAGCACAGUGUAUCCUCCUGCAGGGGGCGCGCUCUCUCAGAGACAACGCUCCACCUCCACACCCAAUGUACAUAUGGUCAGCACCUCCCUGCCUGUGGACAGCAGCCUGAUCGAGGAUGCGAUCCGUCAUGGACACGGUUACGGAUCAGCAGGAAGUUCUCCGAACCAGAGUCCGACUGGCUGGAACCAGUCCAAAACUCCGCCCCCAGCUCAGAAAGAGAGGGCGUCGUCCUUCAGCUCUCAGGAGAAAAACAAAAUCCGUCCAAGGGAUAAGAGAGACUCGAGCUAUUACUGGGAGAUCGAAGCCAGCGAGGUCGUGUUGCACUCGAGAAUCGGCUCGGGAUCGUUCGGAACCGUGUUCAAAGGGAAAUGGCAUGGUGAUGUUGCAGUGAAGAUCUUAAAGGUCACCGAUCCCACACCGGAGCAGUUCCAGGCCUUUCGUAAUGAAGUCGCAGUUCUGCGGAAAACCCGGCACGUGAACAUCUUGCUGUUUAUGGGCUACAUGACGCAAGAUAACCUGGCCAUUGUGACGCAGUGGUGUGAGGGCAGCAGUCUGUACAAACACCUCCAUGUGCUGGAGACCAAGAUCCCCAUGGUCCAGCUGAUCGACAUCGCCAGACAGACGGCUCAGGGCAUGGACUACCUGCAUGCAAAAAACAUCAUCCACCGAGACAUGAAGUCCAACAACAUUUUCCUGCAUGAAGGCCUGACGGUGAAGAUUGGGGAUUUCGGGUUAGCCACGGUGAAGACCAGGUGGAGCGGCUCUCAUCAGGUCGAACACCCUUCAGGAUCCGUAUUAUGGAUGGCUCCCGAAGUCAUCCGAAUGAAGGACAACAAUCCGUACAGUUUCCAGUCCGACGUUUAUUCCUAUGGCAUCGUUCUGUAUGAACUGAUGACCGGAGAGCUUCCGUAUUCAGACAUCUCUAGCAGAGAUCAGAUUAUAUUCAUGGUUGGUCGAGGUUAUCUGUCUCCGGAUCUCAGUAAGCUGUAUAAGAGCUGUCCCAAAGCGAUGAAGCGCCUGGUCGCUGACUGCAUUAAAAAAUCCAAAGAAGAGAGACCGCUGUUCCCUCAGAUCCUUUCCUCCAUCGAGCUUCUGCAGCACGCUUUACCCAAAAUCAACCGCAGUGCCUCGGAGCCUUCGCUGCACAGAGCCACUCACACCGAGGACAUCAACUCCUGCACUUUAACCUCCAUGAAGCUGCCCGUCUUCUGACCUGGAGCUGAUGGAAAGCACAUGGCUUCUUCAGAUGUCUUCAUGAAGUCUAAUGAUCUCUCUCUCUCUCUCUCUCUCUCUCUCUCUCUCUCUCUCUCUCUCUCUCUCUCAGAAGGUGAAGAGAACAAGGACUUGAUAAUGCACUCAUCCAUUAGAAACUGUAUUAAUUGAAGGUGAAGAUGAAGCACAAACCAAUCAGAUGAAGUCUGGGUUUAAAACUUGUAGAUACGUCAUUGUUACAGGUCUAAGCAUUAAACCUUUAUAUGUUUACUGUUAGAUUUGACAUGAAGCUGAAAGAAGCUGCUGAUCCUGCUGCUGUUCAGCUCACCACAGACGUGUCAGGGUUUCGUUUCUUAAACUACACACAAUGUCAUGUUUAAGCUUCGCUUUGCUGCAGCAGCAGAGAAGGUGUCUGUGUCAGUCACCAUCAUUUUAGUUGAAAUCCGUGCACAAGUCUUUGACCGUCACCGUGCCUUUCACCGUGUGUGAAGUUUUAUAUGCAGGAGCGUUUAGUGUUAACGUCCUCCUGGAAACAGAUCAGUGUUCAGAGUUUUAACGAUGUUUAUUAGGACUUGAUGUUUGUGAAAUUGUUUAAAUCAGCUGUGUAUUUGAGGGUUUUAUUGCAGACUCCAGUCCAAACUGUUUAUCAAUAAGGGUUAUUUUAAUAAAAUUGAAAU